AUGCGUGACGUAUGAUGUAGUUCCACACAUGAAUCAUACACGCUCAACCUUCAGAGAUUGAAAAUGUGUCUUUGUGUAUGUUGGGAUAGAUGUUUUUAGAGUAUGUAUUGGUAAGAUUAGCUGUAGUUGUAGUAACAAUGUAUUUAAAAGUGUCUGUGUGGAUAGGUGUGUUCGAAAGUUCAGGACCUAUGGAAGAUUAAUGGAAUACCGUAGCCAGGCAAACUAAAUCGAUGUUUUUCUGAACAUUGCUCAUCUCUCCUCAAACAGCAAAUCGCCUUCAAGAACCUGGUGCAGAGAAACAUAGCCAGCGAGGCUUCCUCCCUGGCCCCUCCCCCCUCCGGCUCUGUCAUCCAGCUCCCCUUCAUCAUCCUCAACACAGACGUACGCACCGUCAUCGACUGCUCCAUCUCCAGCGACAAGUAUGUUUCACCGCAACUCCUUCACCCUAAUGCCUAUUGCAAAGACAACUCUAGGUCACUCACUACUGAAUUGCUAAUCCAAUUGCCACAGUAGUAUAACGCACAUGUUCAUUGCGCCUUUAUCAUUGAAACUCUGACACUUCUCCUACAGUGCUAAGAGUAAAUUCAGUUAGGAUCACAAGGUUUUACCAUGAUUAAAAUAUACACAACCGUUCAAAACUUUGGGGUCACUUAGAAAUGUCCUUGUUUUCGAAAGAAAAGCAAUUUUUUUGUCCAUUAAAAUAACAUCAAAUUGAUCAGAAAUACAGUGUAGACAUUGUUAAUUUUGUAAAUGGCUAAUGUAGCUGGAAACGGCAGAUUUUUAAUGGAAUAUCUACAUAGGCCGUACAGAGGCCCAUUAUCAGCAACCAUCAGUCCUGUGUUCCAAUGGCACGUUGUGUUUGCUAAUCCAAGUUUAUCAUUUUAAAAGGCUAAUUGAUCAUUAGAAAACCCUUUUGCAAUUAUGUUAGCACAGCUGAAAACUGUUGUGCUGAUUAAAGAAGCAAUAAAACUGGCCUUCUUGAGACUAGUUGAGUAUCUGGAGCAUCAGCAAUUUUGGGUUCGAUUACAGGCUCAAAAUGGCCAGAAACAAAGAACUUUCUUCUGAAAUUCGUCAGUCUAUCCUUGGUCUAAGAAAUAAAGGCUAUUCCAUGUGAGAAAUUGCCAAGAAACUGAAGAUCUCGUACAACGCUGUGUACUACUCCCUUCACAGAACAGCGCAAACUGGCUCUAACCAGAAUAGAAAGAGGAGUAGGAGGCCCCGGUGCACAACUGAGCAAAUACAUUAGAGUGUCUAGUUUGAGAAACAGGCGCCUCACAGGUCCUCAACUGGCAGCUUAAUUAAAUAGUACCCGCAAAACACCAGUCUCAACGUCAACAGUGAAGAGGCAACUCCGGGAUGCUGACCUUCUAGGCAGAGUUGGAAAGAAAAACCCAUAUCUCAGACUGGCCAAUAAAAAGAAAAAGAUUAAGAUGGGCAAAAGAACACAGACACUGGACUUUUUCUUUGCAACUCUGCCUAGAAGGUCAGCAUCCCGGAGUCGCCUCUUCUCUGUGAGAAAAUUAUUUUGUUAGAUGGCGAAUACGGAAAAGGAAACACUUUUUUGACUGGAUAAUUUCAACGAAUCACCAGCUCACAUCGGUUUCUAAAUAGCGAAAGGGUUUGGCUUUCAUUUGAAUGACAGCGUAACCCUCAAAUCCAUCAAUUCAUGUCAGGCCAGAGACGUUUAUGGGAGGAGCACCCUUUUUUUUCUCCUAGCCACAGUGGUCUGAAAAUGACCAAAAAAAACUGAUCGAUCUGUUUUAAGCAAUCGAUUUUGUGAGAUCGUGAUGACUAUAAACUUUAAAACUAACAUCACCAAUCUGAGGUAAAAACGAUGUGUAUUUCCUGUAAUUCUUGUGUGUUGAAAACAUGUCUCUAAUGUACAGUUGUGGUCAAAAGUUUUGAGAAUGACACAAAUACAAAUUUUCACAAAGUCUGCUGCCUCAGUUUUGAUGAUGGCAAUUUGCAUAUACUCCAGAAUGUCAUGAAGAGUGAUCAGAUGAAUUGCAAUUAAUUGCAAAGUCCCUCUUUGCCAUGAAAAUGAACUUAAUCCCAAAAAACAUUUCCACUGCAUUUCAGCCCUACCACAAAAGGACCAGCUGCCAUCAUGUCAGUGAUUCUCUCGUUAACACAGGUGAGAGUGUUGACAAGGCUGGAGAUCACUCUGUCAUGCUGAUUGAGUUAGAAUAACAGACUGGAAGCUUUAAAAGGAGGGUGGUGCUUGAAAUCAUUGUUUUUCCUCUGUUAACCAUGGUUACCUGCAAGGAAACACGUGCCGUCAUCAUUGCUUUGCACAGAAAGGGCUUCACAGGCAAGGACAUUGCUGCUAGUAAGAUUGCACCUAAAUCAACCAUUUAUCGGAUCAUCAAGAACUUCAAGUAGAGAGGUUAAAUUGUUGUGAAGAAGGUGUCAGGGUGCCCAAGAAAGUCCAGCAAGCGCCAGGACCGUCUCAUAAAGUUGAUUCAGCUGCGGAAUCGGGGCACCACCGGUACAGAGCUUGCUCAGGAAUGGCAGCAGGCAGGUGUGAGUGCAUCUGCACGCACAGUGAGGCGAAGACUUUUGGAGGAUGGCCUGGUGUCAAGAAGGGCAGCAAAGAAGCCCCUUCUCUCCAGGAAAAACAUCAGGGACAAACUGAUAUUCUGCAAAAGGUACAGGGAUUGGACUGCUGAGGACUGGGGUAAAGUCAUUUUCUCUGAUGAAUCCCCUUUCCGAUUGUUUGGGGCAUCUGGACAAGGUGAGCGCUACCAUCAGUCCUGUGUCAUUCCAACAGUAAAGCAUCCUGAGACCAUUCAUGUGUUGGGUUGCUUCUCAGCCAAGGGAGUGGGCUCACUCACAAUUUUACCUAAGAACACAGCCAUGAAUAAAGAAUGGUACCAACACAUCCUCCGAGAGCAACUUCUCCCAACCAUCCAAGAACAGUUUGGUGACGACCAAUGCCUUUUCCAGCAUGAUGGAGCACCUUGACAUAAAGCAAAAGCGAUAACUAAGUGGCUCGGGGAACAGAACAUUGACAUUUUGGGUCCAGGGCCAGGAAACUCCCCAGACCUUAAUCCCAAUGAGAACUUGUGGUCGAUCCUCAAGAGGCAAAUUCUGACAAACUCCAAGCAUUAAGUAUGCAAGAAUGGGCUGUCAUCAGUCAGGAUGUGGCCCAGAUGUUAAUUGACAGCAUGCCAGGGCGGAUUGCAGAGGUCUUGAAAAAGAAGGAUCAACACGGCAAAUAUUGACUCUCUGCAUAAACUUAAUGUAAUUGUCAAUAAAAGCCUUUGACACUUAUGGAAUGCUUGUAAUUAUACUUCAGUAUACCAUAGUAACGUCUGAAAUAUCUCAUAACACUGAAGCAGCGAAGACCAAUACUUGUGUCAUUCUCAAAACGUUUGACCACGACUGUAGUAACGCGUUCUGUCCACCAUAGAGAAAUUAGCGUUGCUUGCUGUUUGGGGUUUUAGGCUGGGUUUCUGUAUAGCACUUUGUGACAUCUGCUGAUGUAAAAAGGGCUUUAUAAUUACAUUUGAUUGAUUGAUAACAUAAUGAAAUAUGUCAAAGUAAUUUAAUAUGUUUAAUAUAUGAUGAUAUUAAAUGUAGAACACACACAUUUUUACAAUGACAUCUAUUACAUCCUACUUUAACCAUGGAGAGUAAAAAAAUGCUCCUAAGCACAAUUUAACCAUGCGCUCUAGACUAGAGUGUCCAUAGGUUCUGUGCAGCAGUCUGAACAUUUGACGUCCCUACUGUAGAUGCGAAUACCUUUUCAACUUUGACAACACCUUUGAGAUCCAUGACGACAUAGAGAUUCUGAAGCGCAUGGGGAUGUCCCUGGGCCUGGAGAGUGGGAAGUGCAGCGCAGACAAUCUCAUUGUGGCCAAGUCCCUCAUCCCCAGGUCUCUGGAGACCUACGUCAUAGGUGAGAGUGGGAAAAUGGCAUCUUUGACGUGUGUGCGUGUGGAAACAGGCCAUUUCUGUCAUUUCAAUCUGUCCUCGUCUUCCCUCCCACAGGCAUGGCAAGAGGCACCAGUCAAACAAGGUAGAUUACCUCUCAUAACUUUUCAAUCAAAACAUGAUUUGAACACAAUCCACUGCCACACAGGAACACUACACAUGAAGAGUGUGUACCAAAUGGCAUCCGAUUCCCUUUAUAGUGCACUACUUUUGACCACGGCCCAGAGGGCUCUGUUCAAAAGUAGUGCACUAUAUAGGGAAUAGGGUGCCAUUUGGGAGGUAUCCAGGAAGUGAUCCUGUGUUUCUUCUUACUGAUAACAGAAAAGCUCAAGCCACACAGGGAUCAUAGAAAUAUGAAUUACUUAAGGAGACAUGAUUGAUUUUAAUUUGAGAACUGAAGUGACUGACCGGUGGUGUGGGUUGUCGUUGUUCAGCUCUUUCCCAGGUGACCUGGACUCCGCCUCUUUGAAUGGAAGGCGGAGCUACAGCCACAGUAGCACCGCCCUCUCCGAGUCUCGAGGCCAGACGCCCAGCUCCUUCAACGAGGAAGAGGAGGACGAUGACAAUGAUGACGACGAACCCUCUUCCCCAGAGUGACUGACGGACAGACAGACAGCUAGCCAGGCAUCAGUGAUGCACCAUACCUCUCUCUCUCUGGUACAGGACUCUCGUCUCCCACUGUUCACAGGGGGAAUGGAAGUUCUCUGGGGAUGUGGCCAGAUAUACAGGAAAUAAGCUGCCAGUCAUUCAGGUCUAUGGUACAAUAUUUUAGAAGCAUUUAUAUCUCUCUGUCUCCCUCUUAAUUUCUCCCAUGUAGUUAUUUUUGUAAAUGACUUCCAUGUCGCUUUCUGCCAAGAGAGGCGAUAGCUGCAUAAUCUCAACUCCCUGAAAAAUGGUCUGUUGUUUUUAGAUGGAGUGCAAUGUUUUGUAGUCGUUUUCUACUAGACGUAAGCGCUAGGAGCAGUGCGGCUAUGCAUCAAAACGCUCACACUGCCUCGACACACAACAGACUCAGCGACUGAAUAGUUUUCGGGAUUAUUAAAGAUGUCUUUAUAUUUAUUUCCCUGUUACAUUGAAACAUGUCAAACGUAUAUGAAUAGUAUGUGUGUUGAUGUAGGCUAGUGGUUUUGCUUUCUGUUCCUCCUUUAACGCAACAUUUGUCUGAUCGAUGGGAUUUCUAGGCUUCUUUACAUUACUUAUGAUAGUCCUUUAUUAUUUUUGCAGUUUACUGUUAGCCAUUUGAUGCAACUGUGUGGAAAGAUACCAGCAGCAACCUUUAGCCCUGGUAUUAGCCCUACCUUGUCUAGAAACAAGGGUACCUUAUGAGUAAAUGUAGUUUUCUUUUAAGUGUGAACCAUUAUUAGUCUGUCUCUCAUCAAUGUCUUUUUUUAUAUUAUCCUUGAGCCGAUAUGUAAUGGCCUAUUCCGUUCAAUGCAUUGCACCCUCCUGAACGCGAUCUCAAUGCGUUGUCGUGACCUUUGACCCCUUGAGCUCGUUAGGCCCUACACUCAGUGGACAUUCCACUUGGGGAAACGUGUGUACUCUUUUUUUUUUUUUAGAAGGUUCUGCUAUGUAGUUGCAGAUAUGACUGGG